GAAACCAAUUCAAUUGCCAGACACCGACUCUCUCAUCUCCACGGAAUUUACUCACAAUGACUUGUAAAAGUCAGCGUUCUUCGUUUUUUGUUUAUGAAUUCUCAUCCACAUCUUGGUUUGGCCUCCAAUUCAGAGAGACAAAUUGCAAACCCUCUUCUUUUUAUAUUCUAAAGGUUAGAUUCAGCUUUCUUCCAAAGUGAAAACAUGGCUCCGUUGGCUUUUCUUCUAGUGGUCUUCUGUAUGGCUCCUCAUUUUUUUGCAGAGUCUUCAAUUUUAUACAAUGGAUUUCUCGAAGGAAAAAGAUUGAUUCUUGAUGGCGCCGCAGUUGUUAAACCGACUGGUGCGUUACGCCUCACCAACAAUUCACCAAAUGUCGUAGGCCAUGCGUUUUAUCCUGAUGCAGUUAAGAUGUUUGAUAAAAGUUCUCCGUCGUAUCCCAAUGCUUCAUCUUACAGCGCAACUUUUGUGUUUGCCAUCGAUCCUUCAAGCCCCGGCCAAGGUGGCCACGGCUUGGCCUUCACCUUGGCUCCAUCAACCAAUUUUGAUGGAGCUGAAAGUGGACACUUCCUUGGAUUAUUCAACCCUGUCAACAAUGGAAAUACUUCCAACCAUAUAAUUGCUGUUGAAUUUGACACUGUUAAUGGGCAUGGUGAAGCAAGAAAUUCUAGAGGCAACCAUAUUGGGGUUAACAUCAAUGGCGUUUCAUCAGUUGCAUCCAGACCUGCUGCUUCUUCCUACUAUAUUGAUGAUGAAAUGUUGAAGGAAAUCGAAAUUGAUUCUGGUGAUCCGAUGGCUGUUUGGAUUGAAUAUGAUGGUCUGAGUAAAACUUUGAACGUCACUAUAGGUUUUUUGGAGCAAAAGCCAGAGACACAGCUCAUUUCAUUUCCUGUUGAUCUGACUACUGUUGUGAAGGAUCAAAUGUUCGUGGGGUUCGCUGCAUCGACUGGGAUCGAAACAAGCUCUCAUUACAUUUUGGGAUGGAGCUUUGCAGUGAAUGCACCGGCACGGCAACUGAGGUACUCUCUCCUUCCCAAAGGACCAAAAGAGCAAAAUCUUUCUUCUUCAUCCAUUAAUAAUCCCCAGUUGAAGGUUGUUUUAGCCGUUUCAUCUAUUGUGGUUAUUUUGGGAAUUGUUUUCUUAACCUUCUUGUUUAUAAGAAUGAAGAAAACAGAGAGCUUGGAGGAUUGGGAAAGAGAUUGCCCUCAUAGAUUCAACUACAAGGAUCUUUACACAGCAACAAAUGGAUUUAAUGACAGUGAGCAAAUUGGAAUUGGGGGAUUUGGGUCAGUAUAUAAAGGCAAGUUAAGUUCAACUGGAGCUGAGAUUGCUGUGAAGAGAGUCAAAAGAAACUCAAGCCAAGGAAUGAAGGAAUUUGCAGCAGAAAUCGAAAGCUUGGGACGAUUAAGACAUAAAAACUUGGUUAAUCUUCAAGGAUGGUGCAAGAAAAAAAACGAUCUCCUCAUAGUUUACGAUUAUAUUCCAAAUGGGAGCCUUCAUUCUCUUCUCUAUACUCCAAAACAGAGCUUGGUAUUGAAGUGGGAACAAAGAUUCAACAUCCUCAAAGGCAUUGCUGCAGGAUUACUAUAUCUUCAUGAAGAUUGGGAGCAAGUAGUGAUCCACCGAGAUAUAAAGCCGAGUAAUGUUCUAAUAGAUGCCGACAUGAAUGCCCGGUUGAGCGAUUUUGGAUUGUCCCGGCAAUACGACCAUGACGAAACAUCGCACACGACUCGAGUCGUUGGGACAAUAGGUUACAUACCACCGGAGUUGUUUCACACGGGGAAGGCGUCGAAGAGUGCGGAUGUGUUUGCGUAUGGAGUUCUGCUUUUGGAAGUGGCGUGUGGAAGAAAGCCUCUAGGAUCAAACCAGUUCAUAUUGGUGGAUUGGGUGAUGGAAUGGUAUGAAGCGGGGAACAUUCUUUAUGUGGCUGAUCCUAAAUUGGAUUCAAUUUAUAAGGUGGAAGAGAUGGAGAUGGUAUUACAACUUGGGCUUCUUUGUACUCGUUGGAAACAAGAAGCUCGGCCGUCAAUGAGACAAGUAAUGAGGUUCCUUAAUGGAGAAGACCCAAUUCCUUCACUCGAUGCGUGGGCUAAUUCUCAAAGUAUCUUUGAAUCUAAUUCAAGAUUGACAAUGAAUGAUCGCUCGUUGUCCCCGUCCGUCGGCCCGAUUUCCUCUACCUCCAUAAACAUAGGAAGAUAGUACGUUUUUGUUCCAAAAAAGUGAGCUUUUUUUUUUUAAUCCAUUUUUUAAGGAAAAUAUUAAAUUGAUGUAAGAUAGAUUUGAAGUUAGUUCUAAACCAAAGUACGUUGCAUCAAAUUGUUUAAAUGUAAUGCAAUCUAACUCAAGUUUACUUCCCAA